AAAAAUCUCUUCAAUCGACCGUCGUUCGAUCAGUCAUCGACCACGACGGCCGCCGCCGGUCGUGCAUCCAACGACUGAUUAUGAUGGUCUAUCGACGGAUGCACCGUUUGGCAAAUGCUGUUAUAGCGUGUUGUUUAUUCGGGUUCAUCGUCAUUUUUCUGAAAGCACCUGGAGAAGAUCAACGGCUACGAGACGGUGUUCCUGUAUUAUCACAAAAUCCUGUGUGGUCAGUUAAUGACUGGAAUGGUUUGAAUAAAGAAGUCGUAGAUUUAUUGAAAAAUGAAUCGAAUCGUCUGUCGAUUAACGAAAAGCCCGAUUUGAGUGGAUGGAAUUUUAAAACUAAAGAAGACAUGUCACUGAAAGGAUCGGAAAUCGUCGAAUCUGUUAGUUUUCUUAAUGAAAAUUUUGACAUUUUGAACGCUGCGAAAUUUGGAGAUUUGUCCACUGUGAAGACAAUUCUAGUGAUUCAGGUACACGAUCGGCCGGUCUAUUUGCAAUACCUCAUUGAGUCAAUGCGAAAUACAAAAGGAAUAGAAGACACAUUACUAGUUUUCUCGCAUGACAUCAAUGUCGGAAUAAUCAAUGAAAUGAUCCGUAACAUCACAUUCGCUCGUGUCUACCAAAUCUUCUAUCCAUACAAUUUGCAACUGUUUCCGACAGUUUUUCCAGGACAGUCUCCUUCCGAUUGUCCGGAGAAAAUGAAGAGAGAUAAAGCACAAGAGACGAAUUGUUCAAAUUGGAGUAGCCCGGAUAAAUAUGGAAACUAUCGAGUAGCUCAAUUGACACAGAUAAAACAUCAUUGGUGGUGGAAGAUGAACUUUGUGUUUGAUGGAAUUGUUGAGAAGUAUUCGAUGAAAGAUCCAUGGGUUCUACUACUGGAAGAAGAUCACAUGCUGGCUCCAGAUGCAUUACAUGUUCUUGAUAUUAUUGUAUCAAAUCGUCCAAAAUAUUGUGAAAACUGCGAAAUAAUAUCUCUGGGAUUUUAUUUGAAAUCCACUAACAAAUACGGUCAAGACAUAGCUCAUCUCGGAGUUCACCCAUGGUACAGUAGCAAGCAUAAUAUGGGAAUGGCUCUUCAGAAGAACACGUGGCAGAAGAUCAAAGGAUGCUCCGAGAUGUUUUGCAAAUGGGAUGACUAUAACUGGGAUUGGUCGUUGAUGCAGAUUUCAGCAAAAUGUCUACCUCAAAGGUUUCGGGUCAUAUUCACAAAAAGUCCACGAGUUAUACAUAUAGGAGACUGUGGAGUCCAUACGCACAGAUGUGAAGCACAUAAAGCUCUCCAAUCGACACAAGAACUAUUCCGUCAGCAUAAGGAUCUUCUGUUCCCGACAAGUUUAUCUGUGACAGACACUUCGAGAAGAUCUUUGAAGCCGUCGAAAGAAAAUGGUGGAUGGGGUGACAUUAGAGACCGUCAACUAUGCGAAAUCAACAAAUCUCCAUUGGUUAGAGUUUCUUCUCAAUCUGCAUCUGUACUCCAUAAAUUGCUCAACUCAAAAAUCCAGUUCUCGUCAUCCAACAAAACAAUCACAUCUACAACUUCUUAAUCUUCAAAACUUUCCUCUUUUACGGAUUUUGUUGACUUGCCUCUUCAAUAUAUAUUUUUUUCUGUAAGAAUGGUGCCCAUUUCUAGUUUCGUUUUCCGGUUCUUGUUGUUUUCUACUUGCUUCCCUCUUGCAUAAUUAACCAUAAGAUGACGUUGCUCGCUUACAAAUACGGGUUUCUUACCGCUUUUCCUGUUUCGUUGAAAUUUCCACCCUGUUUCCAAAUUCCCCACCUCAAUUGCAUGCUAGUGCUCCUUUCAUUUCUCAAAAUCAUAAUGUUAAUGGUAUUCCGCAUUUUUCCGGGUCUACAAAAAUUAUAUGAAUGAUUCAGAUUUUU